UAGAAGAGAGCGAGAAUAGCGGGGAUAUCCAUUAUUACGAAGUUCCAGAGUCCUGAUCUGUAUACGAGCUUGACAAUAAUACCUAGCGGCGUCCGGCGAUGGUUCUCUCGGCGGUAGACGUGGAAGGCAGGAGAGUGGAGGAUGCCGACGACGAAAACGACUCGCCGGUGGAACAGGUCCGCCUCACCGUCUCGGCGCACGACGAUCCUUCCCUCCCCGUCUGGACUUUCCGGAUGUGGUUCCUCGGCCUCCUCUCCUGCGCGCUCCUCUCCUUCCUCAACACCUUCUUCGGCUACCGGACGGAACCGCUCGUCAUCAGUAUGAUCUCAGUCCAGGUGGCGACGCUGCCGAUCGGGCGGUUAAUGGCGAAGGUGCUCCCGGAGAGAAAGUAUCAGAUCGGGUCGUGGGAGUUCUCGUUGAACCCGGGCCCGUUUAACAUGAAGGAGCACGUGCUGAUAUCCAUAUUUGCGAAUGCCGGAUCCGCUUUCGGUAACGGAGCCGCUUAUGCCGUUAGUAUUGUUGAUAUCAUUAAGGCUUUCUACAUGAGGAAUAUCUCUUUCUGGGCCGGGUGGAUCCUUGUUAUCACUACACAGGUGCUUGGGUAUGGAUGGGCAGGAAUCAUGAGAAAGUAUGUUAUAGAUCCUGGUGAGAUGUGGUGGCCACAAAGUCUGGUGCAAGUUUCUCUUUUCAGAGCACUGCACGAGAAAGAGGAAAAGAAGGGACCAUCAUCAUCAUCAAUGUCAAGGGGAAAAUUCUUCCUCAUAGCACUGGUGUGCGGUUCAGUAUAUUACAUCGUCCCGGGAUUUCUCUUCCCAACCAUUUCCAACAUCUCCUUGCUGUGCUUGUUCUACCCAAAGUCAGUUCUGGCCCAGCAAAUAGGCUCCGGCAUGAAGGGUCUCGGCAUCUUCUCCUUCACCUUGGACUGGUCCGUCAUAGCCUCCUACCUCGCCAGCCCCCUCGUCACCCCGUUCUUCGCCAUAGCAAAUGUCGCCAUCGGCUACGUGGCGGUUGUCUACAUCCUCAUUCCCAUUUGCUACUGGGGACUCAACCUCUACGAUGCAAAAACCUACCCCAUCUUCUCCUCCCACCUCUUCGACACCAGGGGUCAAGUCUACAAUGUCUCCUCCAUAGUCAACGACAAGUUCGAGCUGGACAGGGCAGCGUUUGCCCGCCAGGGCCCCAUCAACCUCAGCCUCUUCUUCGCCCUCACAUACGGCCUCAACUUUGCCUCCAUCAUCGCCACUCUCACCCACGUCGCCCUCUUCAACGGGAGGGAGAUUUACAGCAGGUUCCGGUCGUCCUCGGGAGGAGGAGGGGGGAAAGAAGACGUGCACACGAGGCUGAUGAAGAAGUACAAGGACAUUCCGUCUUGGUGGUUUCACUUGACGCUGGUGUUCUCCUUUGCGCUGGCACUCGCAAUGUGUGUGUUCAUGAAGGAACAGAUUCAGUUGCCCUGGUGGGGUUUGAUCCUAGCCACCAUUGUUUCCUGCUUGUUUACUCUCCCCAUUAGUGUCAUCACUGCCACUACCAACCAGACGCCAGGACUGAACGUGAUAACGGAGUACAUAUUGGGACUUAUCAUGCCAGGGAAGCCAAUAGCCAAUGUUUGUUUCAAGACGUUUGGGUACAUAAGCAUGACGCAAGCUGUUUCCUUUUUGAACGAUUUCAAAUUGGGACAUUAUAUGAAGAUUCCUCCCAGAUCAAUGUUCAUUGUUCAGAUAGUUGGAACCGUUGUGGCUGGGACGAUAAAUAUAGGGGUGGCUUGGUGGCUGCUGACGUCAGUCCACAACAUCUGUCAAGACAAUUUGCUUCCUCCAAACAGCCCCUGGACCUGCCCAAACGACCGGGUCUUCUUCGACGCAUCCGUGAUAUGGGGCCUGAUUGGGCCUAAGCGAAUAUUCGGGUCAUUGGGCCGUUACGGCGCCCUGAACUGGUGCUUCUUGGGCGGCGCGGUGGGUCCCCUGGUGGUGUGGCUGGUCCAGAAAGCCUUCCCGACUCGACGCUGGAUCAGCCUCAUCAACCUGCCGGUGAUCCUCUCGACGACGGCGUACAUGCCGCCGGCGACGAGCUUGAACUUCAACAGCUGGAUCUUCGUCGGGACGGUUUUCAACCUAUUCGUGUUCCGCUACAGGCGCAAGUGGUGGCAGAGGUACAACUACGUCCUGUCGGCGGCGCUGGACGCCGGGCUGGCUUUCAUGGCGGUGAUUCUCUACUUCUGUCUCGGAAUGCCGAAUGUGAGCUUGGAUUGGUGGGGAAGCCGGGGAGAGCACUGCGACUUGGCCACUUGCCCGACGGCGCGUGGAGUGCAAGUCGACGGAUGUCCUGUUUUCUGAUGAUUCAUUUACUUUAGUUAGGAAUUAGGAUAUGCCCACAUAUUUCAUUCUUUCAGGCUCAUUUUUUUCUAAAACCAUUCAUUAGUUGUGUUUUUUUUUCCGUUUGGUCGCCAAAUAUGUUAAUAUUAUUGGAAGAAGAUAGUUUCAUCAUUUAAGAAAAGAUUCAACAGAUUAAAGUGAUUUCCGUUAUUUACAUUACUUUAUUCGUAUAAAGUGGGUGGAUGUAAACACGCAUGCCAAUUAAAUAAGUUAUGGGUUUUGGAGCGAGUAUUAGAUACACACAAUCAUCAAGUAAUAACUUGGAACACCAAACAACAAUAAUCUUCACUAAAGAGUGAGAAAUCUCUAAUAAAAAUGCAGCAGUAAACAGAGGCAAUUUUACCGACAUCGAGAGGUCAAAACAACAAUCCCACCCUUGGAUAUGAAGAAGAGGAUAUCAGGAACAACAUACUAAAAUUUCAUCCCGAUC